UCAUUUCCUGCUCAUUACAAUUCACACCCCGCCCAUAGCCGCUCCGCCAAAGUACUAUGUCCCCACCUCAAGGAAAGGGUGUACCGGUUCCUAACCUUGGCCUGAAGCACGAGUCAAAGAAGAAGGGACAUGUCAUGCAGAGCUCAUUGGAACUUGUUUUCAGUUAUUCUCGGUCACAGCAAAUGCAUUAUGGAUCACGAUCAGCUCCCUCUUUCCUAGACGACAGUUCAUUUCGAGGCGAUCAAUUUGAUGUUGAUGACUACGAUGAGGAUCAAAAUUACAACGAUAUCUACGACGGGAUAGAGAGAACUGGAGAGGAGCAGUUUGAAGGUAGAGAUUUGAGUGGCAGAUUGGAAGAUCUGAAAGUGGCUGGCGCUAUUUCUGAAGCAAAUGAAGAUGGUAGCACGCAAGAAGAGCUUGGACAAGACUCGCACAUUACGAGACGAUCAUCCGACGAACCGGCGUUCUUCCACUCCGACUCUGUGCCUAUAUCACCCAUUUCCCAACUUCAACCGUCGGUGAACCAAGGCGCCAAAGUAAACACACUCCUUCCAGAUGGUAUCGGGCCGAUUCAAGGGCUCUUUUUGGCUGCUAUGCCAUCUCCCCGACUUGCACCCGUUCUUCCACAUCCCGGAUCGCUCGACACUUCAUAUUGUACAGAGGCGGGACCAUCAUCUAAUCCACGUACAUCCAAGCGAUGGAACAGUCAUAGUAGGGGUGAUUCGAACCCGAUGGAGAUUAGAGAAUCUGCUGCUCUAGUAUCUUCAUCCCCACAAUACCAUGGCAAAGGCAAGAGUGCAGAGAAUCGGCCUUUGCUGGAUGGUCGGCCGACAGAAGGGUAUGCUUCGAUACAGUCGCAAAAGGAGAUAAGACGAAAGUCAAAUAGAAGAAAGCGAAGCGAAGAUGGCCAGAGCACAGAAGGACAAACCCUGUUCAACGCGACGGCAGUACUAGUUGGUAUAGGUCUCCUCUCCCUUCCACUUGCUUUCGCAUAUGCCGGAUGGAUAGGAGGUACGAUCAUGCUUCUCGGCUUCGGGUGGCUGACUUGCUAUACGGCGAAGCUACUGGCGAGACUGAUCAGAGCCGACGGAAGAAUGAUGGGAUAUACAGACAUUGGUCUGCGAGCUUUCGGCAGUUGGGCGGGUGCGGGUAUAAAUCUAUUAUUCUGCAUGGAGCUCUUUGCAUUAGGUGUUGCCCUAGUUCUUCUUUUCGGAGACACACUCAACGUUCUCUACCCUUCAAUACCAUCAAAUGUCUGGAAGCUCGUUGGUUUCUUCAUUAUCGUGCCCACUGUUCUGCUUCCUCUCCGUCUUCUGUCACUCCCUUCUCUCCUUUCCUCAAUCUCCUCCUUUUUCCUCAUCAUAGUUCUUCUCGUCGACGGUUUUCUGCCUUCCCCUGAGCCCUCAUCGGCUUCGACCGGCUCUCUCCUCCACCCCUCACCAACCAGCCUUUCUCCUGAAUGGUCCCGUGGUAACUGGUUGGGCGGAAUAGGGCUUAUUCUAGCCGGUUUUGGAGGCCACGCAGUGAUGCCCAGUUUGGCGAGGGACAUGAAGCGGCCAGAGAAAUUUGAUGGGAUCGUUAAUUGGGCAUUUGCGAUAGCAACUGGCAUAUCUUUCACAGCAGGUGCCGCUGGGUAUCUUAUGUUCGGUGAGACCGUAUCUGACGAAGUUACGAAAGACCUGAUGCGAGAGAAGUAUCAUUACCCUCGAAUACUCAAUAUUGUGGCUCUAUGGAUGAUUGUCAUCAACCCCCUUACAAAAUUUGGGCUUUCCUCUCGUCCUCUCAAUCUGACAAUCGAAGGAAUACUUAGGAUAUCCCCUUCUCCACCACCGUCCCUCUUCUCUCCCUUUGAUGGUGGACUCGAAUCAGCGCUCGGGUCGGGUGCACCAGAGACAAGCCAAGUUAAUUUUCCCAAACGUCGCGAUCGGUCAUCUUUCUCUACUCGCAACGAUCCCCGCACAUCCCGUCGACCGUCUGCCCUCACCUCUCCAUCCAACUCUCGCCCCUUUCCUCAGUCCCAAUCUCAGAUAGUCGCCUUCGAGCAAUAUGUCUCUAAAGAACGCAAGAAGAGAUGGCUGCGAAUGGUGUCGCGAGUGGUCAUUACCGCUCUCUGUGUGGGUGUCGCUGUAGUCUUGCCGGGUUUCGGACGUGUGAUGGCCUUUUUGGGAAGUUUCUCCGCAUUUAUGAUUUGUAUCAUCUUGCCUCUCCUAUUCUACAUCCGCCUGUCCCCCACUCUCCUUCCAACUUGUCCCCCGUCGCCCCAUUCGCUCACAUUCCCACCGACUGCCCGCUCGCAACCAACGUCAAAAUGGGCCAGCGAGAAAUUUACGAAUGCGAUACACUGGGUAUUGGUAAUCGCCAGUACGGCGCUGAUGAUAGCCGGGACUAUAUGGGCGUUCUUGCCAGGAAGUGGGCAUGAUGAGUUGGAAACGUAGCGGUUUCGAGGGCAUAGAAGGGCUGUAACAGUUGUAGCAAGUGUUUCGUUUUGAUAGUUGUAUUUUUCAAAUCAGGUCUCGCAUUUUACUUUGCUGCUUUUGGUUAGAGAUAAGGAUUAGAAAUUAUAUAAGGAUCUAUAGACGAAUCUGAAACGUGGUAGAAUC